AUGGAAAAACAACACAACAUAUUAAGCAUAAUAUUGGUAUUAUUUGUCCUUUGCAACGAAUUAUUGAUCACUGAAGGUAAUGACAAAAUAAUUGAUAACGUUGCAUACUUUCAAGGAUCAAGUUCAAAGAGUCAAAUAAGUGGCUCAAAAGGAAAAGUAAUCACAUACAAUAGUAAUGAUGGAUCGCGUGAUUUCACUGCCUUCUACAAUGGCACGUUUGUAACUGAAAAGGACGGUGUUUAUCUCCUAGUGUUGGGCGCUCAAAUUGGUGGUCCACGUAGAAACGGUAAAGGACAAGUUGAUAUAUGGAUGCGACAAGAUGGUGCCAAUGUGCCUGACUCAAAUGGUAUACAAUCGGUUGAUCAUGGAAGUACAUCGGUUUUUGUGUAUUCAGUAGCUUUUCAGGCUUCUGCAAAUUAUAAAUUCGAAGUAGUUUACUCAGGUCACGCAGAUGAAGAAUGUACCCGUCUUGGCUUGAUUGCUACACAACCAGAAAAGGAACCCUUAGUUCCUAGUGUAAUAUUCACGAUUAUCCAACUCAGUCAUGGUACUAACACAAUUCCUUAUGCAGUGCUAUUCAGCUCGAAAACUCACUUGGAUAGCUCGGAUCCAGAGGUGAUUAUACUCGAUGGUGUUAUUGCAGCCAAUAAAAUAGAUACAACAACGGAUGACGAAUCUGGAGCCAUCAAGUACAGUAAAGCAGGUGUUUAUUUUUUGUUAGCUAAUACCGAGGUUGGAAGCGCUGAAGGUACUCAUGCAUCGGGUGAAAUUCAUUUAUGGAUGCGGCGCAAUGGAAAAGAUAUACCAAACAGUAACUCAAUUCAAACUAUCCGCAAUGGUAGUGCAGCAAUCGUAAUUAGUCAGGUAGCGAUUAAACUUGAAGCUAACGAUAAAAUCCAAAUGAUGUUCUCAACUACAAAUAAGAAACUAGGUGCGAUUGUCUCGACGCCAGAGAAGGAACCAAGAGUGCUUAGUAUACUGUUUUCAACAUUUCAAUUGCUUCACGAAGAAAAACCAAUUCCAUAUGCACAACUAUCUAGUUCAGAAACACAAUGGGGUUGUAUAACUCCAAAAACAGUUAAACUUGAUAACAAUGACGGUUUAGAAUGUAUCAAAAAUGAUAAUGGUAUUCUUGAAUUCGAAGAGUCGGGAACUUACUUUAUGAUGGCUGCUGCUCAGUGUGGAAGUGAUAAAGAAGAUGGUAUUGGCGAUGUACACUUGUGGAUGAAACUAAAUGGAAAGGACAUAGCAAAUUCGAACACCAUUCAAACGGUAAAUAAAGAUACUUCUGUUUUAGUUUCCCAAGUUGCUAUCGUAAUCAAAGCUGGCGAUAAAAUCGAAAUUGCAUUUUCUACAGAUAUGACAAACGGUACAGCCGGCUUAGUUGCCUCCAAACCGCAUAAGGAGUCAGCUGUGCCCAGUAUCAUCGUUAGUGUUUUCAAAUCAAGCUAUGUAAAACAUAGUUAA